UUGAACUUCUAGUGCCACAACAAAAACCUGGAGCGUUCAGGACGCGUUUUUACUCUAUGUCUGUUCAGUAUUAUUCUAUUUUAUCAGUCAAAGUAAAGUUAACUUCACUGGGAAAUGGCUGGUUUACCUCCCGGAGACCCGCAGCUGGUCUCAAUGAUCGUCAAUCAUUUAAAAACACAGGGACUCUUCGACCAGUUCAGGAGGGACUGUUUGGCAGACGUUGAUACGAAGCCAGCUUACUUGAACCUGAAACAAAGAGUGGACAACUUUGUCUCUAAUCACCUCUCUAAUCACACAUGGAGCCCACAUUUGAACAAAAACCAGCUGAGGAACAACAUCAGACAGCUUGUGCUACAAUCUGGCAUGCUGGAACAGGGAGUGGACAGGAUCGUUGCCCAGGUGGUGGAUCCCAAAGUCAACCAUAUAUUCAGGCCACAAGUGGAGAGGGUGGUCAGAGAAUUUCUGUCACCUGGCAGCUCUUCUGAGGAGCCGCCAGCCCCACCGCCGCCAACAGAGAUCAAACCAGACAGCAGCAUUCCUGAGCAGGCGUCAACAUCUGCUCCAACUACCACUGCAGCCAGUGACGCCAUGUCCAUCCUGGAUACGAUAACUUCGCUCAAUCAGGAGGCGAGUGUCAGAGCCAGCUCAGGCACAGAGAAAGGUCGAAAAGGUCAAGCUUCAGAUGAGCCCAUGCAGCUUGUGGAGGAGAGUGAUCAGGAAAUGAGUAUUGUGGAGGAAGAAGACGGAGACCAUGAAGGAAAAGCUGUGGAAGAGGCAGAGGAAAUGAAGGAAGCAUCAGAGAUUUCAAUGUUAGAAGUGAAGACAGAGGACACUCAGGAGCAGAUGGAUUUGGAUAGAGAGGAGGGGUUAUUAGAAGACGUGAAGAUGGAGGAUGAGGAGUCAGAAGCUCAGGAGCAGAAAAAGGAGGACAGAGACUACGUCAUCAGCCGAUUCACUGGAAAACCCUCAGAAGAGAAACAGGACGAUGAGCUCCUGAAUUCUACAAGUCAAGCCAAGCAAAAAGCCAAAGAGAGGAUAAAGGAAGAAUACUCUCUGGAGGACUCUGAUCUGGAGGGUCUGAGUGACAUCACAGUGAGCUCCGUCCACACCAGCGACUUGUCCUCAUUUGAGGAGGAAAGUGAAGAUGACGAGCUGAUGUCUGACUCGUCUGAAGAAGGGGAGCUUCCACCUGAUGGUGAAGAGGCAGAACAGAACGACACCACUGAAGAUGCAGGAGAAGAGGAGCGCAAGCCUCGCCGCAAAGCUUAUGUUCACAAGCCCUUCCUCUACUCUCGUUACUAUAGUGAUUCGGAUGAUGAAAUCACUGUGGAGGAACGUCGCAGAAAUGCUGCAAAGGACAAAGAAGAAAGGCUGCUCAAGAGACAGCAGAACAGAGAACGAAUGGAGGAAAAGCGUAAACAGAAAGCAGUGCAGGCUGAGGAACAAGAAUACAAAAAACAAAAGGGUGGAAGCUCUGCCGGGCCAGAGCGUCCCAGGGCCAAAGAAGCUCGUAAAGAGAGGAAAGUACUGGAGAAGAAAAUGGCUCUCAACAGGAAGAGGAAACUAGACUCAAGAAAAGAGGGAGAUGUUGCAAGCAAGAAGAAAGGAGACACAGGAGGAGAAGGAUCCAAAAAAAUGGAAGUGAAAUCUGCUACCUCCAAGACUCCACAGCCAAAAUUGAUUAGGAAUCUGUCAGAGUCGGCAUCAUCUGAUGAGAGGCACAGAAGGACAAGCGGCAGCGUCUCGGAGGAUUCCAGUGAAACCAAGAAGCUGUCUGACAAAAGCCGGACACACUCCUUCAUCCUGGAGUUGGAGCAAGGCUCCCAGGAGGCUCUCAAACAACGUUCGGUUGGAAAAUUUGAUCGUCUGUCCCGUAAAGAACUUCACUCUAAAGAACGCAAAGAGAAGGAGCGCAGCCUGUCAGAUGAACGUGCCAAACUGAAACAAAAGCAGGAAAAGAAAUCUGAAUAUUCGACAGAGGAAUCUCAGCAGAAGGAUGGCGUUAAAUUGGCAACUGAAGAAAAAGCUGAGAAGAAACCCAAGAUUAAAAGUGACAAGAAAAUGACAGGAAACUCAAAAGAAGGGAAGGCAUCUGAAGGUGUCGCUGAUGAGGGUCCUAAAGAGGCAAAGAAGGUUAAAGCACCAUCCAAUGAGGCUGUGAAAGUAGAGAAAGACAAGGACAAACAGAAGGAAAAAAUGAAGGAAAAGGACAAAGAUAGGAGCAAAGAAAGAGAAAAGGCAAAAGGAGAGAAAACCUCAGCAAAAAGUGAUUUCAAGCAGCUGCUUCGACCCGAGUCGGCCGGUUCUUCUGAGGAUCGGUCUGACAUGGAGCCUGGACCAGACGGCAGCAAGAAGAAGGAGAAACACUCCAAGGAUAUCCUGAAAAGAUCAAAGAGCUGCCCUGAGGACAGGCAAGGAGAAAAGCCCAAAUCUACAACUGAAGGUAAAGAUAGUGAGAAGGACAAGAUUAAACUCGAUCAAGACAGCCAGAAGUCAAACAAGCCUAGCUCCGAGACAGACAAAGAUCCAAAAAGAGUCAAACCAACAGAGAAAGGAAAACUCUUGGAAAAAUCCAAAUCUAAAGUUGAAUCAAAGACUCUGUUAAAGACUGAUAAGAAAAUUCAAAGUUUAGAAGUCAAAAGUGCAGCGGGCGCAGCUACCAGCAAACCUGAGACAACAAAAGAUAGGAAAAAAGAGGGAACUGCAAAGGAACAACGGAGAACCUCUGAAGAACUGUCACACGAAAGAUCGGAAAAUAAGAGUGCAAAGAAAAAAGUGGAGAAGAAAGAUAAAGUCUCAGAAAAGAAAGCUGAUGCCCAAGAAGAGAAGAAAGCACCCGUAGAAGAAAACCUGGAAAACGUUGACAAAUCGGAAGCAAAGACUUUUGUUUCCGCCAUGAGUCUUGAGACUGAAGAGCCAUCGAAGAAACAAUUUCUUCUCCCAGACACGAGCACAGACUCUGAGCCCGUCACCACCACCGUCACCACGUCGUUCUCAGACGACACAUGCGAUGCUUUAAGUGACAUCACCCCCGAACCACCUGAAGGAGAAACAGAGUCACGGCUCAGUGAUUUGCCCUCUGUGCCGGCUGAGGCCAAUGCUCUGCUGACUCUCAUGGAUGUUUGUACCUCGGCAGAGAUGAGGCUUCCAACAGAGAGCAUCCAAGAGGAGGUGACUGCGGAAAUAGCAUUUGAGGAAGCUGAUAUGAAAAUGAAAGAGGCAGCUCUGACUCUGCUCUCCAUGGAUCCGGACAGCACAAUGUCCUCCAGGUUGAUAAGUCAUUGUUCAAGGGAAGAACAAGAGGUGAAUCUGCCCGUCCCACAACCGAUGGAAAUGGCUGCAGCUAAGGAGGAAGAGCGGCCUCCUCCUGAAACUGAGGUCGCUGCCACUGAGAUGUCGUCAACUCCAUCUCAACAGACAGCUGGGUUCAUGGAGGAAACACCAAACAGUGCAGAAGAGAUGGAAAGUCCAGAGAAAGAAAUGGACAUGUCAAAUGUCGAAACCUCUCAGGCGCUUCCUCCACAGGACGACAACGCGACCUCUAAUGAUUGUCAGGCGUCUUCCAACGAGGAUAAAACUAACACUGCUGAAAUGACUCCUGAUACACAGUCACAGGAUAAAAUGGCAUCACCAGCAAUUCAUAAAGAAGCUGCUGCUGAUGUUGUUGUGUCAGAAACAGAAGGAGUCAGAGAAAACACGGAGGAAAACAUGGCUUCCAUUGUUUGCGAUGCCUCUGAACAAGACUCUGAAAUGUGCAGUCAACAAGAUGAAAGUGAGCCGGAUCUUCCAGUCACAAACAUAGGCUUAGAGCAGUCGGUGGAGUCGGUCGCUGAGGAGAAUCAGGCCGCGACGGCUGUAAAUGAGGAUGAAUCUGAGAAAAAGACACAGGAGGAAGACAGUGUUGCAGCUGAGAAAAGUGAUCUCCAGCCUAUGGAAACCAACGUUCCAGAGGUGUCGGAGGAGGAGGUCAGAGAAGGUGAAGCCGAGUGUCAGCCCAAACUUGUCAAACAAAUCAGUAACAUCUCCAGCACAGACAGCCAGGAAGAAGAGAAAGGAUCAGACCUGUCAGAAAAGGAAGAGAAGACGGAGGGAAGAGGAAGACGGAAAAGAAAACUGUCCACUCAGAAAGUUACAGCUGUGAAAGAAUCUGGUGACGAGAGAGAUGAAAACGAAAGUAUGGAGCAAUCGUCUGUCGAGCAGGAGAAGGUUGUAGACGUGAAAACACCUCGCAGGGGAAGAUCAUCUAGAUUAACCGAGGAGACGGAGAAGGACCAUUUCAAGGAGCCUGAGAAGACUGAGGAGACACCGAGCCGCAGGAGACGACGUUCAGGAGCUGCAACCAAAGAAACCACUGCUGAUGAGAAGAAAGAUGAGGACGAUGCUGAUCAAACCUCUUCAGACAAACCAGCAGAGGAGGAAGAGAAGGAGGAGAAAACUGAGGAAGAAAAUGCACCAGAGACCCAUGAAGAUUCAGAGAACUCCACUGACAUACGUAAAUCAGCACUAAAGAGAAAAAUGUCAGAGGAAAUGGAGGAAACUGUUGAGGAGACCCAGGCUGAAAAAGAGACAGAGGAGGAAAAUGGUCAGCAAGAAGAGGAAAUCAGUCAGCAAGGGGAGGAAAAGGGUCAAAGAGAGGAGGAAAAGGGUCAGCAAGAGGAGGAAAUCCGUCAACAAGAGGAGGAAAAGGGUGAGCAAGAGGAGGAAAUCAGUCAACAAGAGGAGGAAAAGGGCCAGCAAGAGGAGGAAAUCAGUCAACAAGACUUGGAAAAGGGUCAGCAAGAGGAGGAAAUCCGUCAGCAGGAGGAGGAAAAGGGUCAGCUAGAAGAGGAAAACAGUCAACAAGAGGAGGAAAUCCGUCAGCAGGAGGAGGAAAAGGGUCAGCUAGAAGAGGAAAACAGUCAACAAGAGGAGGAAAUCGGUCAACAAGAGGAGGAAAUCAGUCAGCAAGAGGAAGAAAUCUGUCGGCAAGAAGAGGAAAUCUGUCAGCAAGAGGAGGAAAUCAGUCAACAAGAGGAGGAAAACGGUCAGCAGGCACAAACUGAGCAGCAGUCUGAAAAAGACAGUGGUGGUUCUCCGUCAUUGAGCCAGUCAGAGGAACAAGAGGAGGUUAAAAUGGAGAGCGACAGUGAGAAGAAACCAGACGAUGCUGAGGAGGAGGAGGAGGAGGAUAAGGACGAGGAGGAGCAGCAACAGCAGCAGCAGCAGCAGCAGCAGCAGCAGCAACAGCAGGAGGACCAGGACAUGACUCCAAAGAGAAAGAGAGGGCGGCCUUCAAAGGCAGCAGCAGCCACUGAUGAUUCAGAUAAAAAAGACAAAAAAGCUGAAGACAAAGAAAGUGAGCCAAAUGACGAAGAGGAGGAGGAGGAGGAGGACGGAGAGGGAGAAAAAGGAACUGCAACCAGAGCGACCACGCGGUUAGCGUCACGCUUAGAGGCUGAAAGAAACAAGCCAAGUAAACCAUCCACCCGGGCAAGUCGACAGAGCGGUAAAGACGAGACCGCAGCUGGCACGCGCGGGACGAGGGGCCAGGCAGUGGCGGCGAAGGGGGGUCGUAAACGAGAGGCCAGCCCCCCUGCGGUGCGAACCCGGGGAGGACAGAAAUCGGAGGAGCCCCCGUCCAAGAGAGCUAAACGCUGAAACCUGCGACAGCAGCAGACAGUGUGUGUGUGUGUGUGUGUGUUUUUCCCUUCUUCGUCUUCUUCUACAUAUCCAAGUCAGUUUUGUUGUUGGGGGUCAGAGAAGCUGUAUAGUGAGUUAGCACGUAAAGCUGUUUGUGCUUCAUAGUUAAAAAAAAAAGGCUCUGGAUAGUAUUAUACUCUCACUCUCUCUCCCUCUCUUCUGAUGGUGGAGUGUAAACCUGAGGAUCUGUGUAGAAAUCCCCCAGAAUACUUUCUACCGCACUACGCCCAUAUGGUUUGGAUCAGCCUUCGUCAUUCCUGCGUUUAUUCAGUAAAGCCCAGUAAACCAGAGUAUUUCGGGCCAAUCAAAGGCCUAAUGUGCAGCCCAGACCAGCUGAGAUGAAGAGGAUGAAUUGAAAUUGGCCGUCAAGUCAGUCAGAGGCUUUAACGUCACCUUUAGUCAUUUUUUAUCGUUUUUGAUUUGCAAGUCCAAACAUGUUUAGAUGUAGAAAUCAUUGUGAAUCAUCCCGGAUUCAUUAUGAGUUUUAUUAUUUAAUAUUCAUUCUGUGAAUGAACAAAGUUUCCUUCCUUAUUUUUUAUGUUUUCUUUUUUUUAUAUGUAUACUGUUCCAGUGGGUUAAAGGUUUGUAUUUCUCUGAAAUAACAGUAGUGCUAGUCACUGAAAACACGAGCAGUUUCUGAAUAACUCGGGUCUUUUUUCAUGACAUAUUUACACCCACAGAUUUCUUUUUUUACUCUUGUAGAAUUGAGUAGAUGUGCAGAAUAAUCCUGUCAGUGUAAAGACACUUCAUAAAUGUGAAUAUCUUUCCCCCCCACCCCCCGUUCUUUCAAGAAGGUAUAAAUCACUUUAGAUUCUUA